UACAUUCAUUUAGAGAACUAAAUCCAAAGCAUAAGUUAAUAUAUACUAUUAAUUUCUUUUAAAUUAACCAACUACUUAUUAAUUAAGGAUGAUGGCCAAGACUUUAAUAUUGGCAGCUUUCAUCAAUUUAGCCGCUUAUAUUCAAAAGGCUAAUGCUCUUAACAUUAGAAAUGAUCCUAACAGGGAAUAUGGUUCAUAUGUCAAUCCAAAUCCUAGACCUUAUGAAAAGUGUCCUACUGAUGAUCUUAUAAAAUUAUCAGGAUGUUGUAACGAUGUAUUAACUAAAUUAGAUGAUUGCAAGGCUGAUGAUUUAGCCUGUGAAUGUUGUGCAUUACAAAGUAUUAAACAAGAAUGUUAUCAUCUUUGUCCAGGGAAUCCCUCUGCAAAUUUUUUAAGUGUACUUUUAGAUGAUUGUGGUGCUUUGAAUGAUGUUAAUGCUUGUUCAAUUCCAUUUAAGAAAGAUGACGAAAUUGGGACUCAAAAGAAUGGGGCAAAAUCUAUAGUUAGAGCCAAGGCUAGCAGAUUCAAUUCAGACUCUGAUUCCAACCACAAUGAAUUACAUAAUUCCGUUACAGUCAAAUCUAAAAUUGUUGACAAAUUGAACUACAAUGUUGAUAACUCUGGAAGUCAUGAAUCGAAUUCAAAGAUUAAAAUCCUUCUAGAUAAUCAUGAGAAUGAAGAAGAGAAUAACAGUCAUGAUACAAAUAUUGAAGCAGCCAUUAAACAAGAUGUUAGUGUGGUUGAGUCAAGUGUGCUCGAGUCAAGUGUGAUUGAUACAAAUUCAUCAAAAGUUAAUUUAACUACUUCGUUGAAUUAUACAACCAAUAAUACUGCUAAUGCAACGAGUAAGUUUUACUAGUGAUAAUUGGUUCAAUAUUUUAUCUCAGAGUUUACUAACUGAUCUAAUUUAGGUUGCGAAACGAAUGAAAAUACGUCUGAUGCCUCAGAUUCCAAUCAUUAUCUCACCAA